AUGAGUGGUGCUCGGAAGAAACCAUUUAGUUCAAAGAAGAAAAAGGAACAAUUGAAAUUAAAAAGAGAAAAAAUUCGAGCGCAAGGCGAUAAAUGGGCGGAUUCGGACGAAGACUCAGGAACUAUCGAUAUCAAUACAACACAAGGUUCCCGUCGGCGAAUAAAUGAACAACCUGUUCGAGAUGCGGCGACACACAAUCCAAAUCGAUAUCGACUUCAUUUUCAACGUGAAUCACGUGAUGAAAUCGAACGACGGAAAAAAGUUGCACAAUUACCGAUUAAGAAACUUUCCGAAGAGUCGCUAGAAAUUCCUAUCGAACAAAUCUAUCGACCUGGUAGUGCGCUCGAUAUGCCUGUACGACCGCCAUGGACAUACGAAAUGACCAAGGAACAGUUAGAAGAACAAGAACAGACUUAUUUCAAUGGCUAUCUGGAAAAGAUCUUCGCAAGUUUUGAGCCAGGCGAUCUGAGUUACUUUGAGAUGAAUUUAGAAACAUGGCGGCAAUUAUGGCGAACAGUUGAGAUUUGUGAUAUUAUCCUAAUGAUUGUUGAUAUUCGUUUUGCUGUUCUUCAUUUUUCCCCAGCGCUCUACGAUUAUGUCACACGUAUUCAUAACAAACAGUUGAUUGUCAUUCUGAAUAAAAUCGAUCUCGCACCACCAUCUGUUGUCGUUGCUGUAAAAGACUAUUUCUCAAAGAAGUUUCCUCAAUUACACAUUCUUACAUAUACAUCUUAUCCAAAAGAUCUAGCAACAACACGUGAAGAUUUUGAUAAUUAUCAAGUUAUGGCACGAAUCGUUCGUCGAAAAAAUUAUUAUGCUAUUGGGCCAUUAUCACUAUAUGAAUGUAUUUCAUCGAUAGUUGGCUCACGAAUUGAUCUGUCGUCGUGGAAAAAACAUAUUCAAGAGUGUAUGGAAGAUGAAACAAUUACUACUGAUCUUAAACAGGAACAGAUCGUCGAUGUUUCACCACUAACACAGACAAAGAAAAUGAAUAGUUAUAUCACAUUAGGUUUUACAGGAUAUCCGAAUGUCGGUAAAUCUUCAAUUUUGAAUAGUAUUGUUGGUCAUAAAGUAGUCAGCGUAUCACGUACUCCGGGACAUACAAAACAUUUUCAAACGAUACAUUUAACACCUACUGUUCAUCUAUGCGAUUGUCCAGGUUUAGUUUUCCCUUCGUAUGUCGAACGGCCGUUACAAAUUUUAGCUGGAAUUUAUCCAAUAGCGCAAGUACAAGAGCCAUACACAGCUGUCGGAUAUCUUGCUCAAUGGUUACCACUGACGAAAAUUUUGAAAAUAGAAAGAUUAGAACAGGAUAUACCAAAUUACAGUGCAUUCGAUAUUUGUGAGGCAUGGGCUUUAAAACGUGGAUUUCUUACAGCCAAAGCAUCGCGUCCUGAUAUCUACCGAGCUGCUAAUCAUAUUCUUCGGUUAGCACUCGAUGGACGAAUCAAUUUAUGUCUUCGUCCACCUGGUUUUACUGCUGAGAAAGGCAUGUUCAUCUGCUUGAUCGUCUGUUUUCUGUUACCAUUCCAUGUUGUUUUAGACCGAUAUAUAUCGGAUCCUCGAGCACUUGAACUUGAGCAGCAGAUUCAGUCGGCUGUUGAUAAACAAAAACGUCCUGAAAGUGAUAUAUCGGCUGGUGAUGAUAGUGAAGCAUUCCCCGCGAGUGAUGAUCAUCAGUUAGCAUCGUGUAGUGCGUCUACAAGUGACCAAGGACCUGAUAGAGUUGAAGAAUUCAACAGAUUCGAUGUUUUCAAUCGUGAUAACGAAGAUAGAGACACCAUAAAGUCAAUGAAGCAUGUUCGCCGACGAACACGACGAAAAUCGAGUAACAGCAAUCAACAUGAAAACGAUGAUAACGAAGAAGGAGAAGUGGAUUAG